AUGUUAACUGGAGUGGUGUUAGUUGGCAUUGCAGCAGGAGCCUUGGUGUUCAUAGGCUCGCUGCUAGCAGUUUUUGUGCUAUUGCACAAAGGAGGAUCUUUUGACCGCAUGGCGCUAGAAGCUGUGGGUAUGCCGAUCGCUCUAGGUGAGCAGAAGCCUUUGCUAUACGACGACCUAUUGGACAAGGCCAAUAUGCUGGAACUCCUUCCACCGCCGCUCGGAACCAAACAGCUCAAAGGAAAACGCGUGUUUGUAAAAGACUUUGUUGGUCUUGAUGACGUUGCUGAUCUCUUCGCUAUCUCAUGUGGAAAGCCACAAGCCGGUAUCUAUCGAGAUUUAAAAUUCGACGCCGACGAAAUGAUCUGGCGCUAUUUGCCACAUGGACCCUUCGCUUCAGAGGAUGAAUUUAAGAAAUUCUACUUAUCUAAGAAGAUAGACGCUCGUCACUUUGUUUUAAUGGAGUGUGAGAACAAUCAACCUAUUGGGAUGGUGACGCUCGGGAAACAUUCGCCUCGAAAUCUCCGUGUCGAGAUAAUGAACUUGUGGCUAACACCUGCUUUCCAAGGCUCAGCUGCUCUUACAGAGGCUGUGCUGCUGUUGCUGACGUAUUUGUUUGAUAAUGGAUAUCGACGAAUUGAGUGGCGAUGCGACGGACAUAAUGUCCGUGCUCGACGAGCUGCGCACUCGUUAGGUUUUACCUUUGAAGGCGUUAUGCGAAAACAUCGUAUUGUAAAAAAUUGCAACUGUGAUACAGUCGUGUUUGCUGCUAUCAACAGCGAGCGGGAAAUUAUUGUGGAGCACUUGCAACAAAAACUUCAGCAAAUCUUGCACAAGGUUUCACCAGUAGCUGAUUUAGCUACAUAG